CCCCGGUAGGGCUGCGCGCGGCGCUGGGGCGGGGCCUGCGUGCGCGGAGGGAUCUGGCGGCCGAAAAAUGGAUGAUGAUGAUGAUGACGUUCCCCAGCUUUCAGCCCAGACGUUGGCUGCCCUCCAGGAGUUCUAUUUGGAACAGCAGCAGAGGGAGGGCACGAAGACCUCCCAAGGGUUUAAUCAAUAUUCUGUUGGCUCAAUAGAAGAAAACUGGCAACUGAGCCAGUUUUGGUACAGCGAUGAAACUGCAUCGUGCCUGGCUAAUGAAGCGAUUGUGGCAGCUGGAAAAGGUGGCAGGAUAGCCUGUGUUAGUGCACCCAGUGUGUAUCAGAAACUGAAGGAACGGGAUGACAAGGAUUUUUCAGUGGUUAUUCUGGAGUACGACAGAAGGUUUUCUGUAUAUGGAGAAGAAUUUAUCUUCUAUGAUUACAACAACCCUUUGAACUUACCAGAAAACCUCCUGCCACACAGUUUUGACAUUGUAAUAGCAGAUCCGCCCUAUCUGUCUGAGGAGUGUCUUCAAAAAACUGCAGAGACCAUAAAAUACUUAACAAAAGGAAAGAUUCUGCUUUGUACAGGUGCAAUCAUGGAGGAUCAGGCAGCAAAGCAUCUUGGUGUGAAGAUAUGCAAGUUUAUUCCAAAACACUCUCGAAAUUUAGCUAAUGAAUUUCGAUGUUACGUGAACUAUGCUUCUGGACUGGAUUGAUUCUCACAAGAAGAUCUGUAACUUUUUCACUCAACUUCCUUUGUAUGUUUUUCUCAGUGACUCCACGUUUCUUCAUGCUGAAACUUUCAGCUCCAACGGAUAUUUUCUGGGCUAAAUUUAAUCAACACAGGGUGAUAGUCUCUCUUGGUGUAAGCAUUUGCAAAUAUUGUGUGUUUUUAUCUUACCUGGUAGGUAAAUGGGGACCAAACAAUGUAGGUGCUGCGCAAUGGGAACUUCUGUGUUACAGUUUCAUUCCAACCAGCAGUUUUUACCAUUCAGGGACUUUUCAGUGACAUCUCUGAAGUGAUUUUAGCUGGUUGACUUGUAACACCACACAAGUGCUUUCCUCACAGACAUCAGAAUUGUCAUCUGCAUCAUAUUUGAUGACUUAGUAGCUAGUGGAUGAUUGAAAGAGCAUGAUCAUUGGUCUCCUUCCACCUUUGAGAGAUGUUUGUUCUCAACAUGUUGUGUGUUUUCAGAUUCAUUGGCCAGCAGGCUAAUAUUUUUAUAAAGGAUAACUAAAGAGAAAGCAGUUCUCCUUCUGGGGAGGCCUCUCCAGUUGCUUUUAAUAAUAAUCAGAACUACUUAAGAGCUGCCAAGUAAGACCUACUAUCUGUUACUGUUGCCAGACUGGCUUUUUAUAAAAAAUUGGUGGUUGUUUCACCUUUUCUAAAGCUUUGUCACAAACCCAAGCUUUCUUUUUGUAAAAGAUAAGAUCUAUUUUGUCAUCAAUUAUCACCAUAUAAACUUGUGUGUGUAUGUGUGCUGUACUUGAACAAAGUAGUGUUUAACAUCUGUUUGCAGAAGUGCAAUGCAUUUAUUUUGUGAUACAGAAUAAACAUAAGCAACAAAAACAACCUUUUAAAAGCAAAAAAAAACAACAAAAAAAAACAAGUAGACCCUUUAAUUUCCUAGCUAAGCUAAAUCCAAAGGUUGGUAUAAACUUGAUGCCUUCAUGAAGAAAGCACACUAUGGAUUUCCCCACUAGAAAGAGCUUUUCUUUCAUUAGGAAUCCUCUGCAUUAGUCAGGUGAAAUCACCCUAAAAUAGGAGGUAAUUAAUAAAACGCCAGAAAUCAGCUUGUGCUUACAUUAGUGCUUCAGGCUGUGUUCAUGGGUUCUCACUUUGUUACCCUUGCUGCUGGCUAUGAGAUCCUGCUUCUGUAGUAAUGUGACCUGCACGUGUUCAUUACCUCUUGAAUCAUAAUGGCUCUGAUUCAACGCAGUACCUACGUUUUAAUUGAUUUCACUACCAAGUUAAAGAUGAUGUACGCGUAUGUCCAGUUUGUAGUUUCAAGAACAGCCUUUUUUUCCCAAAUACCCAUUUUUGUCUUUGCCUCCUGUUCCUCAGAGAGAAGCACAGUAGUGGAAUGGAACCAUAUUAGAAGUUGUUGGAUCUUAUAAGGCUACUGAGGUAUACCAUAAUGUAUUGAUAAACUCCUAUUGUUUCUAACAGGCAAAUUUAAAUUUUAUAUGCAAGGGUUUGGCUGUAUUUCAAGCAAUUUCAAUCACAAUAGGCGAUGCAUUAGAAAAACUUCCCUUUGGGAUAGGAGGGAUUUUUGAUAACUGGAAUUUUUAAAGCUAAUUUUCUCUAACUUCUUGGCUACACUGCUGAUACAUUUUUGGGUGAAAGCUGAUUCUUAAAUUGCAAGGCACUCAACAGUUUUUAUCAGUUAUAAAUACACAGAUCAUAUGU